AGUGUGAUAGCCAUAUAGAUAGAUGAUCAUUAUGUUAUUGCAGUCUGUUUAAUGAUUGAUUGGCGUGGCUAGCUGAGUCCAAUCCAAAUGUAGAAUUUGCUCAUUUCAAGGCCAGCCUAACUUUGUUGCCUUCCCUGAACUCACACACAUUGCAACAUUUUUAUCUUUGGACACGAGUUUUACAUUAGCCAGCAUGGCCGCCUUGCGUGCAGCCAAACAAGCUAUGAGGAGAGAAAUAAAGAAACGAGUAGCUGCGUUGGACGAUCAAGAGAAACUUCGCCAGUCUCGAGUCAUUUCGCAAAAGCUCUUCAAGCACCCCAAGUAUGCCAGGUGUGAGCGCAUCGCUGUGUUCCUCAGCAUGCACGACGAGGUGAGAACAGAGGAGAUCAUUCAGGACUUGUUUAAGCACGGUAAGACCUGCUUUAUGCCCAACUACUUGACCCAGGGCACCAGUAACCACAUGGACAUGGUGAAGCUCACCAGCAUGGAGGAUAUGAUGUCACUGCCUCUGACUUCUUGGAACAUCAGACAGCCUGCCGCCGACGACAACACCAGAGAGGAGGCCUUGGAGACAGGAGGUCUUGACCUGAUCUUGAUGCCAGGCCUGGGAUUUGACAGGAAUGGGAAUCGUCUGGGCCGAGGGAAGGGCUUCUACGACUCAUACCUGGAACGCUGUAUGAAGCACCCCAAGGGGAAGCCCUACACCAUCGCUCUGGCCUUCAGGGAGCAGCUGUGUCAGGACAUACCUGUGGGCGACAACGACGUGCUGAUAGACGAGGUCCUGUGUGAUGUCCUGGACUAGUUAAAAGGCACAUUUUCAUAUUUCUGAAGUAAAUCUCUAUUUGUGAUGUAA